AUGCCCUUUUUUAAUAAAUGUUUUCAAAACGUCUUUGCAAAGGAUUCCAAACCUUUUUACUUUUCCAAAAAACUUGGAUCUCAACUGCCUGUCCAAGAAUCUAUAAUUCCAGAAGAGGCCGAAAGGUUUCUCAUUGCUGAAGGUGUUAGACGCUCCACAAUUGCCGGUGAGAAAAGACCGUGCAAAAGAGGUGAUGUUUUCAAAGUGUCCUUGCUGUUCCAGGGGUUGAGGACAAAAUUCAAAUCGUUCAACCCAAAGAUGUUCCAAUGGAUGAAAUGGUUGCAGCAAGUAAACGACACCGAUUUUAUACAAUCGUUUGUUUCGAAGCAACAUUCUGUGGUUAGAAUUGGUGAGUCUGCAUUUACAUCUGCUGAUAAAAAGUAUCUCAUCUACAGAGUUUCAAAGGAACACUUUGAAGAAAUUGAAAGUGAAGUUGCAAAUUCAACUACUCUCUGGGAAGAAGAUUUAGUUUUGCCUCCAUAUCUUCAUCUUUUUAGUAUGAAGGUCUAUGAUGAGGACAGGUACUAUACUAUAAGCCCUGUUCUUGACAACAAGGCUGAUAGGGAGUACCCUUCGGAACAAGACACAAACAGCGCUAACUACACAAACAGCGCUAAUUACACAAACAACACUAGUUACACAAACAACACCAAUUACACAAACAACACCAACGACGCUAACAACGCUAACAACGCUAACAAGACCAACAACACCAACAACACCAACAACACCAACAACACCAACAACACCAACAACACCAACAACACCAACAACACCAACAACACCAACAACACCAACAACACCAACAACACCAACAACACCAACAACACCAACAACACCAACAACACCAACAACACCAACAACACCAACAACACCAACAACAACAACACCAACAACACCAACAACACCAACAACACCAACAACACCAACAACACCAACAACACCAACAACAACACCAACAACAACAACAACAACAACACCAACACCAACAACACCAACAACACCAAUGAUGCUAACUACAUAAGUGAUUUCAUUUCUACACGAAACACUUGCUAUACCAAUGAAGCUUUGUCUACUGCGCAUUGUUCCCGCACGUCGUGGCAACACAUAUACUGUAUUGAUCAAGAUAGUAUAAUGGGCACUAUCGGGAUUCCAAUGCUUGCCGAGGAGAGGGAGAAUCUACUCUUAAAGCUUUCACAACAAACAAAACAUCUUGUAGCUCAAAAGAAAACAAACUACAAGCUUGUUAUAGGAAUUGUCUUUAAUGAGAAAAUUCGACCAAAAAUCCAAGUUUGGUUUGACGCCCACCACCGAAUUUAUAAGGGAGAGGGCAGGAUUAAGACUCUCUUCAGGUUUGGCAAAGCAAAGGCCAGAACACCUGAAGAGUAUGCUUCAUGGUUGCUAGAAAGUUUAGAUCAACACAUUGAGAACUUGGACAAAGCUUAA